GUCAGCAACGUGGAAUGUUGAUGGCUAUAUGCAAGUGAAUCGAUCUGUCUUUCCUUUGCAUUUUUUACACAUCAAGAUCAGGGUAGCCGGCAGAAUGUUGCCCCGAUUUCUUACUCUACUUGUUGGCCCAAUGCUUUGCAUAAAGUUGCUGAUGCCUAGGUAGGUACCUAUGUUUUGGUAUUCGGCCCAUCAGCAUGUCAUCUUCUUUGCUAUAGUUACCUAGGAAGGAUUUGGAGAUUUCCCUCUCUUUCUGGCAUGUGAAACCCCCCAUGGCAGGAGCGUUCUAUGUCUACAAUAGAGCCCGCUGUAACUUUCUCGGUGGUCAAGUCCAAAUAUCUCUCGAUACGUUCUUUGCUCACUCGCCAAGACGAUUACCCACCGUUAGGGGUUGGAGUAGGACACACACAGCCACACAAACAAUGAUCACGAAAAUCUAGUCUCAUCUAGUUAUCAAUAACGCGUUGGAAUUCAUCGACAUAUUAAAGACUCUUUAUGUCUUUGCAUAUGUUGCGGUUUCAGUCUUGAUGGCAUCACGGAUUCAAAGUGCCGUAAUAAAGCCCAGGUUCAGCAUUUCGUGCAUGUGGAUACAAAGAUUUCCAAAUUGCAAGCCUUGCUAUUGGACACGCGCCGGGCGCCAAAUAAUUUGAACCAUGGUGAUGAAGAGGAAAGCACACAGCAAGUCGCGCAACGGAUGUAGGAAUUGCAAAAGGCGACACGUCAAGUGUGACGAACAAGGACCGCCGUGCCUCAACUGCGUGGUUCGGGAGACGCAAGAUACUUGCACAUAUUCCCAGCCGCCGCCGCAGCAGCAACAACAAACAAAAACCUCAACAACGAUACUGUCGCCAGGGCUUGUUACACCUGAUGGGGCCCGCAGCAGCCCCGACGGCGGUAGGCCUCCGAGGAUACCGGUGUCGCCCGCGGGGAGCUUCCUCUCCCCUUCCUCCUCCAGGUCCUUGACGUCGUCUACAUCCGAAGCGGCGGCGGCCGAGGCCCGGAGGCUGAUGGACGUGGAGCUCAUGCACAGGUGGUCGACCGUCACGUACAAGUCGUUCGUCUCUAUCGCCGAAGACCGCUAUUAUCUCCAGACUCAAGUGCCGCUGGCGGCGUUCAAGCACGAAUAUCUGCUGAACGGUCUACUGGCUCUGACGGCUCUGGAAAGGGCCUUGACAGAGGCGACCGACAGCACGCCUCCGCCGGAUGACGAGAUUGUGGACGAAGCACAUGUGCCGUUGGUUGUUUCAGACUCGGCCAGCUCGUCCGAGAGGCCUAGCGACGGAAUCAGGACCUAUGUCCGCGCAGGUUUGGACUAUUACGGCAGAGCGAUCCGGGCGUUUAGGGAAAAGCUGUGCGGCACACUUGGGCCGGAGGACCAGCACCCUCUGUUCUUCAUGGCAAUGGUAGCACCGCUCAUCAACCUAAUCAUACCGCGAUCCCUCAAGUUGCUUGACCAAGAAAAAGCUGAAGGGGGCCGCGAUCCCUGGGAAGGUGUUGGAAACGAUAGCAGCGGGUCGCAAGCGCACAGCACAAUCGCACAGGCGUUGGGGAUAUUCGAGCUGUUCCACGGGUUGAGCUCCAUCAUGAGGAUGGAUUGGAGUGGUAUACUCAACAGCCCUGCCGGCCCAUCAAUAACCGCAGCCCUCAAGCUCGGCCCACCAGACUUCCACUCGCUCGAUCCAGACACGGACGAGGCCCUGAACACCCUCAUGGCCGUGGCAGCCUCGCUCGCACCGGCAACCAGCGACGCAGCAGCCGGCCAGGACCCAACGGACCAAGAGUAUGCGGAGCAUAGAUCCAGAGGCAUCACGGCCCCGGCGGAAGAGGUCAUGGCGACCACAGACUUUGACAGCCUCCACGAUGGGCGGCUCUCGGGCUCGAUUCCGGAACCACGGCCCAGCCUGGCGACUACGACCAUCGCGUUGGAACUGCGCGGUGAGAUCCCGCAGCGCACCAAGGCCGAGAAGCGCCGCGACAUGUACAUGAACGAGGUGUUUUACCUGCGGUACUGCUUCGCCGAGACGCAGCGGGCGGCGUACAAGUUCUCGGGCAUGGGGUGGCCUUGCAUGGGUGGGCACGAGUUCACGCGCGACCUGGCGCGCAGGGAGCCGUUGGCCCUGCUGCUCCUCGCCUUUUGGGGCGUCCUCAUCGGCCGCGAGAGCAACUCGACCUGGUGGACGGGCUCCAUCGGGGCGGACCUGGUCGCCGAGAUCUCGGAGGCCCUCGUCCUGCUCGAGAUGAGGGGCCAGCUUGGGGAUGGCUUUGCGAGAAUGCCCGAGUGGAGGUCCAGCGUGUCCUGGACGAGGACGCAGAUAGGGCUGACUGCGAUUUCGUAGGGGGUUUAGCUUUGUGUUCACGGCCAGAAGCGGCGUUUAAUGAUGCUGCUGUUGCAACUGUGUUGUAACAUGUAUUUUUUUUUUUUUUGAUAUCACCACUCUGCGUGGCACAUGCCACCACUCAGUGAUUCGGGAUUAUAUGGCUGAGAAAGGCCAAGGUAUGGGUAAACGUCCGCUAUUUGGCGUCGCGUGUCGUGACAAUCUUUGUUGGCUGUUUAUGGACCAAACAUGAUUUUCUUGAGUGGAAAGGAUGCCUCUAUGGGCCCGCCACCAAGUAUCAGGUCGCCGACAACCUUGGCAUGAAGGGCUUUGGUUCUGCGAUGGGAUUGCUUACCACAGGAAAAUCCGGUAACCGACCUGACGAACAUUGAUUGUCAUUCAGUGUUUGCGAAUAUGACGAACCUGAAAUUUCGCCAAUUCAAGUUAAAAAGGUGUUUCGAUUCGGCAUCCUCGCAUAUUGGUUUCGAGGUUGCAGGAUGAGUUUUAGCCUCAUAGACAUCCUACGUAUUUGAGCGAAAUGGUAGACCAGAAUUGGAACAGAAUCACCAGAUUAAAACGAUCGUUCUUGGCGUCACGAAAGUGGACAAAUUUUGUGGGCGGGAAUUAUGAUGAAAAGCGUAUCGUGUACGAAGUAGGAAUUUCGCGG